UUGAUACAUUGCGAAGUUAGUAUCCUAUUCUGAUUGGAUGUAUUGUAUUGAUACACAUUAGAUAUUUAAAACAUAUAUAUAUAUUUUCUUGUCAAUUGAGUGUGCUGUAUAAUUUGAAAUUAAUUUGCAAUAAAUAUUUGUGAUUUACAAUAAAUAGAGUGUGAAGUGUUUUUGUUUUUAAUAAGUGCAAAUGCAAAUACAUAUGAAGUGAAAAAAGAAAAGAAAUCAAAUAAUUGGCAAACAUGUAAAGAAAUGCAACGUCUUCUUUCAUUUGUUGGGAGAUCAUCGUCGUCGGUACCUUUUCAAUAGUACACCUGAACGAAGGAAAGCGCACCAAACGCACACAAACAUGGCGGAUUUGGAAGCUGUGCUGGCGGAUGUCAGCUAUCUGAUGGCCAUGGAGAAAUCCAAAUGCACACCAGCAGCAAGAGCCAGCAAAAGGCUUGUUUUGCCUGACCCCAGCGUACGCAGCGUAAUGUAUAAGUACUUGGAAAAGGAGAGCGAAUUGAAUUUCCAUAAAAUAUUCAAUCAAAUAUUAGGAUAUUUGCUCUUCAAAGACUUUUGUGAAAAUGACUCCGAGGAACCAAUACAGCAGCUAAAGUUUUAUGAACAGAUAAAAAAUUUUGAGAAAACAGAAAGCUACGAAGAGCGCAAAGAGUUGGCACGCGAAAUAUAUGACAAUUUUAUCAUGGAAGAAAUGCUCUCUCACACAUACGAAUAUUCCAAAGAAGCUGUAGCCAGUGUACAGAAGUAUCUUUUAAAAAAUGAAGUACCCGUUAAUUUAUUUGAGCCUUAUAUCGAGGAGAUUUUUAACCACCUAAAAGGAAAGCCGUUCAAAAAGUUCUUGGAGAGCGACAAAUUCACACGUUUUUGUCAAUGGAAGAACUUGGAGCUUAAUAUACAGUUGACCAUGAACGACUUCAGUGUGCAUCGCAUUAUCGGACGCGGUGGCUUUGGCGAAGUGUACGGCUGUCGAAAAGCUGACACUGGCAAAAUGUAUGCCAUGAAAUGUUUGGAUAAGAAGCGCAUCAAAAUGAAACAAGGCGAAAUGUUGGCGUUAAAUGAGCGCACUAUGUUGCAAGCAGUGAGCACAGGGAUGGAUUGUCCUUUCAUUGUUUGCAUGACCUAUGCAUUUCAUACACCCGACAAGCUGUGCUUCAUACUGGAUUUAAUGAACGGCGGCGAUUUACAUUAUCAUCUUUCCCAGCACGGUGUGUUCAAUGAGGAUGAGAUGAAGUUCUAUGCAGCUGAGGUUAUACUGGGCUUGGAGCACAUGCACAAACGCUUUAUUGUCUACAGAGACUUAAAACCUGCUAACAUUUUACUCGACGAAAAUGGACACAUUCGUAUCUCCGAUUUGGGUUUGGCAUGUGAUUUUUCGCGCAAAAAACCACACGCCUCGGUGGGCACACACGGCUAUAUGGCGCCAGAGGUGCUCUCGAAAGGCACUGCCUAUGACUCAUGUGCCGAUUGGUUUAGUUUCGGCUGUAUGCUGUACAAAUUGCUAAAGGGUCAUUCACCGUUCAGACAGCACAAAACAAAAGAUAAACACGAAAUCGAUCGUAUGACCUUGACUAUGAACGUUGAAUUACCCGACUGCUUUACGCCCGAACUGCGAAGUCUUUUGGACUCCUUGCUACAGCGUGAGGUUGAUAAACGACUGGGAUGCAUGGGUAAUGGUGCGGACGAAGUGAAGAUGCAUCCAUUCUUCUCAGGUAUCGAUUGGCACCAAGUCUAUGUUCAAAAAUAUACACCUCCAUUAAUUCCACCGAGAGGCGAGGUUAAUGCCGCCGAUGCAUUCGACAUUGGCUCCUUCGAUGAGGAGGAUACGAAAGGCAUUAAGCUAACCGAUAGCGAUCAAGAGCUAUACAAAUUCUUUCCACUUACAAUUUCCGAGAGGUGGCAACAAGAAAUCGCCGAAACAGUAUUCGAAAGCGUUAACAUUGAAACCGAUAAAAUCGAGCAAAAGAAAAAAUCCAAACAAAAGCAACAUUUCGAUGCCGACGAAAAGGAAUCGGACUGCAUUUUACAUGGUUACAUAAAAAAAUUGGGUGGCUCAUUCGCAUCGCUUUGGCAAACCAAAUACGCUAAACUUUAUCCAAAUCGAUUGGAAAUGCACUCUGAGAGUGGUAGCAAUAAGCCAGAGUUGAUUUUUAUGGACCAAAUCGAGGAUAUUUCAUCUGACUUCAUACAUUACAAGGGCGAACAAUGCAUACAAAUACGCGUUAAUGACGGUUCACGUGAUGGACGCAUAGUGCUAACCAAUUCAGAUGAAAUCGGCUUAAAAGAGUGGGCUUUCUCCUUGCGUUCUGCACAUAAAAAAUCACAAGAGCUUUUAGGCUCUAUGGCACGAAAAGCAGGAAAAAUCUAUGGCAGCGAACGUGAUGGAAAUAAAUCUUUGUACAUAUUAACGGGUAGCAAUCCAAUUUCCAAAGUUUCCAAUGGAUCCAACUAGCAAAUAUACAAAGGACAUACAGGACACUUGCAGUUGAUGCGCAUGAUGAUCAACAACAUCAACAUCAAGGAGUAUAAGCAGCAACCGCAACAACAUAAGAAUAAGCACCAGCUCCAACUCCAACUCCAACUCCAACUCCAACUCGUAUUUCAGUUUAUUAAACAAACGCUUUUUUUAUUAUAAUGUGUAACAUUUUUUAGACUAUCUUUUGUUUUUCAUGUAAUUUGGUACGAUAUACUUUUAACUACUAUUACUCGGGAGUAAAAUAAACCAACAAGUACUAAGAUCUAACAAACAUACAUACAUACAUGCAUACAUACGUACAUUGCUAGAUUAGGGCAUACAUAUAACAAAGAAAAGUAAAAAAAAGUAAACUAUUAAUGCACAAAGUGGCGCAGGCAAAAUAAUGUAUGGAUAUGGAUAAUAAAUCGACUGAAAAGUAUGUGGCGCAUAUGUGGCAACCCAUUAAGCAUUCUAGUAAAUCCAAAAAUUUGACUUGUCAAUAUGCAUAUGCGCGUAUGCACGUAAAUCCAUACAUACAUACAUACAAACAAACGAACGAGUACAUACAUACAUUAGUAAUGGGCAUAUCAAAGUGUUAAUUAAUUAUGACGCAAAUACUAUUAUGUGUAUGUGUAUGGCCCAAUGUUGGUGUAGUAGCAAAUAAAAACAAAAAACAAAAACAAAAAA